GGAGCGGGAACGUACUCUGACUCGUGCAUUGCAUACUCGACCGCGACGGUGCUAGUGCCGAUGCUGUAUCCAGAGGGUUCCUCGCGAAUGCCUCUCGAGUGCGUAACCUCGUUGAGAGCUGGAAGCGGCAACGUCAUCGGCGUCGGUGACUCUGUGCGGGUGCUGGGCUGGCGUUCCGUCUGCACUUCGGGCUCUGGCAUUGGCAUCGGCAUUGGCAUCGGCAUCGGCAUUGGCAUUGGCAUCGGCUCGGGUUCGGGUUCGAGCUCGGGCUCGGGCUCGGGCUCGGUAGGCUGCGGCUCAUACUGAGUUGGGGGAGAAGCAACGUCCAGGCUGCAUGAGUAGGUAUUAGCGUCCGUAAAUCACUGAAAGUGAC